AUGCCACAACCAUUGACCAAAGACACCGUGUCUUUUGAAUCUCAAGACACCCAACAUCAGGCGCGGUUCAACCAAUAUCCUUUACCACUUGAAGAUGAAUCCUCUCAACAACCACUACACUCUUUCAAUAAUCUAGAUGAUGGAUAUGAGACAUCAGAUAGUGAUUUAACAGACUUUGAAUUUAUUGAUACUCCUUUAGAAUUUGAGAUCACUGAUAUCAAUACUCCAUCAGCUUGUUCACAACCAAACACCUGUGGCCCACAGCGCCUGCCUACUAUGCCUUAUCCCCUCGUCCAUCCACUGAUUGAAGAUCCCAUUUCAUACAAAAACAUCAAGAAAAUGAAAACGGCCUGUUGA